AUGCUCCUGCUACUGAUAGACUCUAUUAAAGGCAGGUCUCUCGGGGUUGGACCCUCUCAAACAGUGGUGGCAUUAGUCGGUGAUAAUGUUACCUUGCCAUGUCACUUUGAACCUGCAGUGGAUGCUGUUUCAUUGGGUGUGGAGUGGGGGAGACCUGACCUGGAGCCAAGAUUUGUCCAUGUGUGGUAUGAAGGUCGAAACCUUUUGAAAAACCAAAAUCCAUCUUACAAAGGAAGAACUUCAGUGUCCAUGGAGAAACUGAGACAUGGAGACCUCUCACUGAGCCUGUCUGCAGUCAAACUCUCUGAUAAUGGAGCUUAUAGAUGCUACUUUAUUUCACAGGACAAACACUCUACUGUUGAGCUUGUUGUUGGUUCUUUCUCCUCACCUCUCAUCACUCAUAUUUCUAAAAGUGGCAGUGAGGUGGUGUUACAGUGUGAGUCUGAAGGCUGGUAUCCUGAGCCUGAAGUGUUGUGGCUGGACAGUGAGGGGAAGGUGUUCUCAGAUGGACCUACAGAGACCCUCAAAGGUCCUGAUGGUCUCUUUACUGUGAGCAGCAGAGUGACUGUGGAGAAGAGAGAGGGCAACAUCUUCACCUGUAGAGUCCAUCAGAGGAACAUCAACAGGACCAGAGAGACACACAUUCAGAUUUCAGUGGAUUUCUUUGAAACCUCUUCUCCCGUUGUUUAUAUCAGCAUCAUGGUGGUUCUUGUGCUCGGUGUUGUUUGUGCAGCUGCCUUUGUCUUUUGGAAAUGGAGACAAAAUCAAAUCAAAGAAGCAAAGCUGCAUCAGGCUGAAGAUGAAGAGAGAGAGCAACUCAUGGCAAAAAAAGUGGAGGAUUUGGAGCAGAGAGAGAGAAGACUUGAAGACUCACAGAAUGAUUUGGAGGAGAAACAGAAAACCCUUGAAGACUCACAGAAUGAUUUGGAGAAGAAAAGAAAAACCCUUGAAGACUCACAGAAUGAUUUGGAGGAGAAAAAGAAAAGACUUGAAGAAGACUUAUGGUGUGCUGAAAGUGAUGAUGGAGAGAAAGAGGGCAGUAUUGAGCAACAAGAGAGACAUCUGUGA